AUGGCAUUUGUUUCACCUAGUGGAGUGGUGCCGGUAACUCGUCCGCCAGCCACACCUGUUCAACCAGUUAUUUGGGUCAUUCAGGCAAAUAUUGGGAGUACGGGAACUUUACUGGAAAGAGCUCGUUUAGACGACUUGAUGAGGCAAAUCGAUCCAACCGCCAUCUUAGAAGAUCCUGCCAAAGAUGCUUUGCUUGAAUUCAUGGAUGACUUCGUUGAAGAAGUAAACUUUAUUGGUUUUCGUAGACUUUGA